GUGAAUGGACAAUGUGCUGGACACACAGCUAUGCAAGCCGCUAGUCAGAAUGGCCAUGUCGAUAUUUUGAAGUUGCUUCUGAAACAGAAUGUGGAUGUAGAAGCAGAGGACAAAGACGGAGACAGGGCUGUCCAUCAUGCAGCCUUCGGUGAUGAGGGUGCCGUGAUAGAGGUUUUGCACCGAGGCAGUGCAGAUUUGAAUGCUCGCAACAAACGCAGGCAGACUCCACUUCAUAUUGCUGUCAACAAAGGUCAUCUGCAAGUUGUGAAGACUUUACUGGACUUUGGCUGCCAUCCUAGUCUCCAGGAUUCUGAAGGUGAUACUCCACUUCAUGACGCAAUAAGUAAAAAGCGUGAUGACAUCCUUGCUGUAUUGUUAGAAGCUGGAGCAGAUGUUACUAUCACCAACAACAAUGGGUUUAAUGCUCUUCACCAUGCUGCACUAAGAGGAAACCCGAGUGCCAUGCGUGUGUUGUUGUCCAAGUUACCACGACCAUGGAUUGUUGACGAGAAAAAAGAUGAUGGUUACACUGCCUUGCAUCUGGCAGCUCUCAAUAAUCAUGUGGAAGUGGCUGAACUUUUGGUGCAUCAGGGCAAUGCUAACCUGGAUAUCCAGAAUGUUAACCAGCAAACUGCUCUGCACCUUGCCGUUGAACGACAGCAUACACAAAUUGUUAGGCUCUUAGUGCGUGCAGGUGCUAAGCUGGAUAUUCAGGAUAAAGAUGGGGAUACUCCCCUGCAUGAAGCCCUGAGGCACCACACCUUGUCACAGCUCCGCCAACUCCAAGACAUGCAAGAUGUGGGCAAGGUAGAUACUGCUUGGGAGCCAUCAAAGAACACAUUAAUAAUGGGACUUGGCACUCAGGGAGCAGAGAAGAAGAGUGCAGCAUCUAUUGCCUGCUUCCUGGCAGCCAACGGAGCUGACCUCAGCAUUCGUAAUAAGAAGGGUCAGUCUCCUCUUGAUCUCUGCCCUGAUCCUAGUCUCUGCAAAGCGUUGGCUAAAUGUCACAAAGAAAAAGUCAGUGGUCAGGUUGGUUCUCGAAGUCCAUCUAUGAUCAACAAUGAUUCUGAAACCUUAGAAGAAUGUAUGGUGUGUUCAGACAUGAAGAGAGAUACUCUGUUUGGCCCAUGUGGACACAUUGCCACGUGUUCUCUGUGCUCACCACGGGUGAAAAAAUGCCUCAUCUGUAAAGAACAAGUUCAGUCUAGGACAAAGAUUGAAGAAUGUGUAGUAUGUUCAGACAAAAAGGCAGCAGUGCUUUUCCAGCCUUGCGGUCAUAUGUGUGCUUGUGAGAAUUGUGCAAGCUUGAUGAAGAAAUGUGUACAAUGUCGGGCAGUGGUUGAGCGACGAGUGCCUUUCAUAAUGUGCUGUGGAGGGAAAGGUACAGAAGAUACCACUGAUGAUAUUUCAAGUGGAAACAUUCCAGUUUUGCAGAAAGACAAAGACAACACCAAUGUCAAUGCAGAUGUACAGAAGUUGCAGCAACAGUUACAAGACAUCAAGGAACAGACUAUGUGUCCUGUCUGUUUGGACCGUCUGAAGAAUAUGAUCUUUCUCUGUGGCCAUGGAACAUGUCAGCUUUGUGGAGACCGAAUGAGUGAAUGCCCUAUAUGCCGCAAAGCAAUUGAACGAAGGAUCCUUUUGUAUUAAGUGGUAGAACCAGUGUCUUUUAUUAGCUUAUGAACUAGUAAGGACAUUUUGAUGAUUUAAAUCUCUGUAAGUUUGAAAGGCAGUAAUUAGAAAAUAAAAUUUUCUAAUGAAAACAUUUCUAAUACUGUAGCACAGGUUCAUUACAUGGUAAUUGUUUAAAGACUGUGAACACACCAAAUA